CUACAACACAGCGUCUGACGAACAUCCGGGUAUUCUGUCGAGAUGGUCAUGGCGGAGGGAGCUGCAGUUCUCAGGAGGAAUCGGCCUGGAACCAAGGCAAAGGAUUUCUACAACUGGCCGGAUGAGUCAUUUGAGGAGAUGGACAGCACCCUGGCUGUCCAACAGUACAUCCAGCAGAACAUUAGAUCAGACUGCUCUAAUAUCGACAAAAUCCUUGAGCCUCCAGAGGGUCAGGACGAGGGCGUGUGGAAGUAUGAACACCUCAGGCAGUUCUGUCUGGAGCUCAACGGACUAGCUGUAAAACUGCAGAGCGAGUGCCAUCCAGACACCUGCACCCAGAUGACAGCCACAGAGCAGUGGAUCUUUUUAUGUGCUGCCCACAAGACACCCAAAGAGGUCAGUCAAGACCGUGGGUUAUUCAAUGUUCACUUGGGUGUCUUUUAUUACAAUUCUUUAUUUAGUUUUAUACAAUGUUCAUGAACUUUAUACAAUAAC